UGAUUUUAGACAUCCAUCAUUGAUAUGAGGCUGCUUGAAAUUUGAACAUAAUGUAGGCUGAAUGAAUAUUGUCUUCCUUAAUAUCUUUUCAGUGCUAUAGCCUAUAAGAUAAUUUAUAGUUUCGUAAACGGACUAGAUACCACCUUAACUUUUCCCGUAAAGUCUUCUGAUAGCAUUUCGAACGAGUUCGAGAAAUCAUGAACUUCCGCAUAUGUUCACAGCUAUGAACACCCCAAACGCUGGUUCAAAGCAUGAUACUUAUGUUUAUGUAUAUAACUUUAAAGACAGGUCUCCAUUUUUAGUGACAGACUACUCGAGUUGGACACAGGAUCAGUGGGGAGACUCGGAAUAUUACCUCGUUUUAAGUGUUCACGCAGCCCCAUAUGUAGCAGUAUAAUGGCACUCUCGGAUCAGUUUGAAGAGCUCAGAAGGAGGGCAGAGUCUCAACUGACUUUAUCAGGCUCCAUCCCAGAAAUUAGAACAGAUGUCACAUUGAUGGCCAAGAUGGCCCUCCCCCUGUCUGAGCGGUACAAACACAUCAAUGCUGAAACCAUGGUGUCAGAGAAUGCUGUUGGACAGAGUAGACAUGAGGUGCUGGAGUGCUGUGCACACCUGUUGAAAGCAGUAAGCAUUCUGGAGAAAUAUGGCUGUAAUCUCACCAGCCCCAACCGGCCCAAAUACUGGCGCAGUGUCAAGCACAACAACCCAGUAUUCAGGACCACUGUGGAUGCUGUCAAGGGUGGUAGGGAUGUGCUUUGUCUUUAUGGAUACACCAGUCAUCUCCCAGAUGGCCUUAGCUUUCCAGAUGAUGUCACAGAGCCUAAUGUUCGAAGGGUGGCAGAGGUUACUGUGGAAGUCAUGAUGAUGCGCACAGAGUUAGACAUGCUUGUCAAGGAGGUGCAUCCCCACCCUGAGUUCUUUGAGAGUGUUGGACCAGUUCUUCUGGAGCAGAAUAGCCCUGAGGAGGUCAUCUCUGAUGCCCUGGUUAUACCCCCCCAGCCUCCAUCAUCACCACUUAAACCCAACAUCACCACCCCUACCCCAGCCCUGGCCUCCAUAGAUAUAUCCUCCAUUCCCGCUCCACCAGCCCGGCUAAGUGCUGUCAGAUCCCCCUGCAGCGUCCCCUUCAGACACCCCCAGGGAUGUGACAUGUGUGGGGGGACAUCCACGCUUGUCUGUGCCUCCUGUGGCUCGAAGCCAUUCUGUGACGCCUGUGAUGCCAUCUGCCAUCGCCACCCUGUCAGAGCCAGUCACCGACGAGAUCGGGUUCAGGAAAACUGCUCUAUCUGUGGAGUUUCCCUUGUGUCUGCCCACUGUGUCACCUGCAGCCAACGCCUGUGUACUGAAUGUGACCAGCUGUACCAUUCCCAUCCAAGUCGCAGGGCACACGACAGACAGCCGAUCAGUCACACACCACUGGGAAAAGCUUUGAGUCAUUCGCUGUCUUCGUGGGAGUGUGUGCGCUGCACCAGAGUGAAUGAUGUCCAGGCUGUGUUGUGCAUGAGUUGUGAAUGCCCACGCUUGGCCAGUGCUGUCCCAGUGGGCUUUGAGGAAUCGGCGCAGUCUUCCACCAUCACAGAGUGGCAGUGCCGGAGCUGUACCGUGAUGAACCCUGGCAACAGUGUGUUGUGUACCGUGUGUGAACGCCCUCGUCUCGCCACGCGUCCCUCUGUCACCCCCACACGCCACCCGCCAUCUCCACACACACCACCCGCCCAGUUGGAGGCCACAGAGAACGAGUGGAUGUGUGAGCACUGCACAUUUGCCAACGCCAGGCCCUCAGGGGUCUGUGAGAUGUGCACCCUGCCCCGCCAGGAGCCUCCCAAGAGCCGCAAGCCCCUUCCUCUGUUGCCAAGCAACGCCAACGCUAACACUAAAGCCCAGACGCCCACUCCCAUGCCCAGGAACAUGCAACUACAGACACAGAAGAUCAUGAAGGAGGAGGGCCAGAAACUUGUCAAUCACAUCAGAGAAGGGGAGAAGAGGGGAGUGAGUCCAGAGGAGGUGUAUGCUGCCCUCUGUGUCUCCAGGAAUAGCAAUGUCAACCCUUCUGACUGGAUUACCUCUGAACUUCCCCACCUGCUGGAUGAAAUCUGUGCUAUGGCUGUGUCUGUCCAGCAAACAUGCGCAACAGCUAAGCAAAGUGAAGACUCCUCAGACUUGAGCAGUGGCAUGGCAGGAAUGACUGGAGGGCAAGUGCAACUGUCCAGAGCCGAGGCCAAACAGGCCUGGCUAACAGCAGGCGGCAACACUGAGAAGGCUGUGCGGCAGCUGUUGAGGACUAGACAAGACAAGAUGCAGGAGCUGCAUUCAUUGGGUUUCAAGGACCGAGCCCAAUGUGAAGGGGCCUUGAGGCAGAGUGGGGGUGAUGUACAUGGGGCUCUGUCAGUUCUUCAGCGGCCCCUUCUGGAGCCCUUUCACCAGCGCGUGUGGUGCAGUCAGCCAGAGGCCCCCAUUGAUGUCAACAACCCAGACAAACAGAGGAUGUGUCGCAGGCUGCUAGCGCUCUAUGACCUGCCCAGCUGGGGCCGCUGUGAGCUGGUUCUGUCUCUGCUGCAGGAGCCAGGGAUGGACUACUCUCUGGAGGACGUGGUGCAGGCUGUCAAAGAGAGCCAAGACCGGGACUUCAUCCGACGCAUGCUCAACAACACGUGCACUAUGUGCUUCAGCAAAUACCCCCUCAACAAGAUGCAAUCCCUGACUUCAUGUCAGUGUUUAAUGUGCUGUGAGUGCUUCAGGGAUCACUUUACCAUCGCCAUCCGAGACAAACACAUCAGAGACAUGGUCUGUCCAAACUGUGAGGAGCCAGACAUCAAUGACCCCGAGCACCUGGACAACUACUUCUCCACUCUGGACAUUCAGCUGCGGGACUGCCUGGAGAAAGAUGUUUUUGAUCUCUAUCACAAGAAGCUCACAGAGCAUGCACUCAUCCAGGACCCCAAAUUCCUGUGGUGCACUCACUGUACAAAUGGCUUCAUCUAUGAUGGUAACCAGUUCAAAGUCACCUGUCAGAGCUGUAGAAAGAGCUUCUGUGCCCAGUGUAAGAAGCCUUGGGAAGAUCAACAUGAGGAUGUGUCCUGUGAGACGUUCCAGGCUUGGAAACGAGAGAAUGAUCCAGAAUACCAGAGACAGGGACUCGCUGGCUACCUGCGAGACAAUGGAAUAGUCUGUCCCAGCUGUAGCUACCAGUAUGCCUUGACCAGAGGGGGGUGCAUGCACUUUACCUGCACGCAGUGUCGAUAUGAGUUCUGCAGUGGCUGCAACAAUCCUUUCCACAAGACUGGAUGUACUGUUGCGCAGUGCUCUGUCACAGGUCUGCAUGCCCACCACCCAAGGGACUGCCUGUUUUACCUGCGGGACUGGGAGCCAAAGAGACUGCAGGAGCUUCUGCAGAAAAAUGGAGUCGAAUUCAACACAAACCCACCCAAUGGUACUCAGACAGGAGCGUGUGGAGUGAUUGAACAGAAGGAGGAGGGUGGCCAGCACAUUGACUCUCCCUGUGGGAUUCAGACACAGCCGGAUCAGGCGGGACUCUGCGAUAAACACUACCGGGAGUAUAUGGUGAGCCUCAUCAAUAACCACACCUUGGAUCCAGCUCCACUCUUUGAUGAGACAGAACUGAUGGCUGCCUGCAGGAGAUACCAGAUUGACCUCAGGCCGGGAGAGGCCGAGGACCAGAGCAUGCACCAAGCAAGGCUUUUGCAGAAACUGUUGGAGAUUCCACUUGGAGACAAGGUCCCCCGAAAGAAAUAACUGUUCAUAAUGUUUUUUGAAGCAUUUAUCUUUUAAAUAUUUUCUUAAAGGAAAUAAGGAACAUGAUUAGCUAAAUACACAAAGAGAAUAUGUUUUUGAUAUGUUUAAACAACUGAAAUAGAAUCAUUCAAUGAAAGUAAAAAUCUAUCUUGUGUAAAAUAAAAACAAUAAAACAAA